AUGAAAGUAUUCGUAGUUCUUUUUGCCUGUGUUUUGGCUUCGGCCUCGGCUGCCUCCAUUUUCGACACCCCUGUCGUGCCACGCGACUUGAUUGUCGAAGAUGCCAUUGAGGGUCGCAUCACCAAUGGCCAGAAGGCUACUGCCGGUCAAUUCCCCUAUCAAGUUGGUUUGUCAUUGAAGACCAGUUCCGGUUCUUUCUGGUGUGGUGGUUCCUUGAUUGGCAACACCUGGGUUUUGACUGCUGCCCAUUGUACUGAUGGCGUUACCUCCGCCACCGUCUACUUGGGUUCGACCACUCGUACUGUUGCCACCGUCACCCACACUGUUAGUUCCAGUGCCAUCAACCAACACACCGGUUACAAUUCCAAAACAUUGGCCAAUGACAUCUCUUUGAUUAAGAUCCCCGCCGUUACCUAUACCUCUCAAAUCAAAUCGAUUAAAUUGCCCUCCGUUUCAUCUUCCUAUUCGACUUAUGCUGGCAGUUACGCCAUUGCCUCCGGCUGGGGUCGUACCUCUGAUACCGGUUCCGUUUCCACCUACUUGAACUAUGCCCGUCUCCAAGUCAUUACCAACAGCGUUUGCUCCUCCACCUAUGGUUCCUCUGUUGUCACCUCCAACACCAUUUGCGUUUCCACUCCCAAGGGUACCUCUACCUGCCAAGGUGAUUCUGGCGGCCCCUUGGCUUUGGAAUCUUCGGAUAUUUUGAUUGGUGUCACCUCCUUCGUGUCCUCGGCCGGUUGCGCUUCCGGUGCCCCAGCUGGCUUCGUCCGUGUCACUAGCUAUUUGGAUUGGAUCAAAUCCAAGACUGGCAUUUCUUACUAAAUAUUUGAAAG